CUCCCUCUCUGGGUUGCGCUGUUCAUGCCUUCCUGUUGGUCCGAGCUGGGAGAAGUUCACUCUGAUCAGCUGAUUCCAACUGACAACAAGAGAGGAGGAAGCCUGGGAGGCAGCAGAGGAGGAGGGGGCGGAGAUGGAACUGAGGAUGGAUCCACCGGGGCCCUAGAGCAGCCCGGGUCCCGUCGCCAAUCCGCGUCCCGCCACACACCGCCUUGCCUUGGCCGAGCUGCUCCGGGUAGCCCUUGAAACACUGGCCCGAGGUCCAAGUAGAUCGAACAGCUCCUCACCGCCUUCUUCCAUCACUAUGACUUUGUAGCUGAGGCCCAAACCGAUGAGCCGACCUUUGUGAACCCAGCAGACCGCUCGGCGUGCACGUGCCGCAGAGGCUCUGUCAUUUCCACCACAUCUUUCUUUGCACUUUGCAGAGGAUGAGACCAUCAAACUCGGUUGUCGCUGCUGCUGGUUCAAGGGACUUGGAGGCAGACAAUUAAAAACUUGAACAUUUGUGAGUGUGUAAAACUCCUAAGCCAGACAGGUUUUCAGAACCCUGUGGACGCGCUAGCCGCCUUCAGACUCAAAGCAUUUGUCUUCCUUCGUUCCUGGAAAAGCACAGUAGUGACUGUUGCAGGGUGGGUGGUUUCCAGAGAGUCUCAGUUAUGAGUGCCCAGACUUCCUUAGCAGAGAAGGGCCUGAAUCCGGGCCUCAUGUGCCAGGAGAGUUAUGCUUGCAGCGGGACUGAUGAAGCUGUCUUCGAAUGCGAUGAGUGUUGUAGUUUGCAGUGUCUCCGCUGUGAGGAAGAACUCCACCGGCAGGAGCGCCUUCGAAACCAUGAGCGGAUAAGACUCAAAGCUGGCCAUGUCCCUUACUGUGACCCCUGCAAGGGCCCCAACGGGCAUUCGCCAGGCGUCAGGCAGAGGGCAGCCGUGAGGUGCCAGGCCUGCAAGAUCAACCUGUGUCUGGAGUGCCAGAAGAGGACUCAUUCAGGGGGGAACAAGAGAAGACACCCCGUUACCGUGUACCAUGUCAGUAAGGUCCAGGAGUCCCUGGAGGGGGACGAGAUGGAUGAGGAGACCAAGAGGAGGAAGAUGACAGAGAGGGUUGUGAGCUUCCUCCUGGUAGAUGAAAACGAAGAGAUCCAGGUAACAAAUGAAGAGGACUUUAUUAGGAAAUUGGACUGUAAGCCUGACCAGCAUCUCAAGGUGGUUUCCAUUUUUGGAAAUACUGGUGAUGGAAAGUCCCAUACCCUCAACCACACUUUCUUCCAUGGCCGAGAAGUCUUCAAAACGUCCCCUGCUCAGGAGUCCUGCACCGUGGGAGUGUGGGCAGCUCAUGACCCAGUCCAUAAGGUAGCAGUGAUAGACACAGAAGGGCUCUUGGGGGCCACCGUGAAUCUGAGCCAGAGGACACGGCUGCUGCUAAAGGUCCUGGCCAUCUCAGACUUGGUCAUCUAUCGAACUCAUGCAGACCGGCUGCACAAUGACCUCUUCAAAUUCCUUGGGGACGCCUCGGAAGCUUACCUGAAGCACUUUACCAAGGAACUCAAGGCUACCACUGCACGCUGUGGCCUGGAUGUCCCCUUAUCCACUCUGGGCCCUGCAGUCAUUAUUUUCCACGAGACUGUGCACACUCAGCUUCUGGGUUCUGAUCACCCCUCAGAGGCUCCUGAGAAGCUCAUCCAGGACCGGUUCAGGAAGCUGGGCCGCUUCCCUGAAGCCUUUAGCUCCAUUCAUUACAAGGGAACGAGGACGUACAAUCCCCCCACAGACUUCUCUGGGCUUCGGCGUGCCCUGGAACAGCUGCUAGAGAACAACACUACGAGGUCUCCUCGGCACCCAGGGGUCAUCUUCAAAGCCCUGAAGGCACUAAGUGACCGCUUCAGCGGUGAGAUCCCCGAUGACCAGAUGGCGCACAGUUCAUUUUUUCCAGAUGAGUACUUCACCUGCUCCUCGCUCUGCCUCAGCUGUGGGGCGGGAUGUAAGAACAGCAUGAACCACGGCAAGGAAGGGGUGCCUCAUGAAGCCAAGAGCCGUUGUCGGUACUCACACCAGUAUGACAACCGAGUUUAUACCUGCAAGGCCUGCUAUGAGAGAGGCAAGGAAGUCAGCGUGGUGCCCAAAACAUCCGCCUCCACCGACUCUCCCUGGAUGGGUCUGGCGAAGUAUGCCUGGUCCGGGUAUGUGAUCGAAUGUCCUAACUGCGGUGUGGUCUAUCGGAGCCGUCAGUACUGGUUUGGGAACCAAGAUCCUGUGGAUACAGUAGUUCGGACAGAGAUUGUACAUGUGUGGCCUGGAACGGAUGCAUUUCUGAAGGAUAACAACAAUGCCGCCCAGCGUCUGUUGGAUGGGAUGAACUUUAUGGCUCAGUCAGUGUCUGAGCUUAGCCUUGGACCCACUAAGGCUGUGACUUCUUGGCUAACGGACCAGAUCGCUCCUGCCUACUGGAGGCCCAACUCCCAGAUCCUGAGCUGCAACCAGUGUGCGACAUCCUUCAAGGACAACGACACCAAGCAUCACUGCCGGGCCUGUGGUGAGGGCUUCUGUGAUAGCUGUUCAUCCAAGACCCGGCCAGUGCCCGAGAGGGGCUGGGGACCCGCGCCUGUCCGUGUGUGUGACAACUGCUACGACGCCAGGAAUGUCCAGUUAGAUGUGGCUGAGGCGCAGGCAGAUGACGAAGGCGGAACGCUGAUCGCCAGGAAGGUGGGCGAGGCCGUGCAGAACACCUUGGGAGCCGUGGUGACAGCUAUUGACAUACCACUAGGCCUGGUGAAAGACGCUGCCAGGCCAGCCUACUGGGUGCCCGACCACGAGAUCCUGCACUGCCACAACUGCCGCAAGGAGUUCAGCGUCAAGCUCUCCAAGCACCACUGCCGAGCCUGCGGACAGGGCUUCUGCGACGAGUGCUCCCAUGGCCGCAGGGCUGUGCCCUCUCGAGGCUGGGACCAUCCAGUCCGAGUCUGCUUCAACUGCAAUAAAAAGCCUGGUGACCUUUAACCCCAGUUCCCUCUCCACUCCUUCACAGUUCCUUAGGUUCUCAGGGUUAGAAACAAGUCUCACUGAGGUAGGCCCUCCUCCUGGUCACCUGGUGUGGUGUGGUGUGGUGUGUGUGCCCCCUCACAUCCCUGGGCUAUUUUCCUCAGUGGAGGUGAGCCUGGCGGUAGAUCCGAAGGCAUGAACCACCUCAGGGCAGGGGACGGAGGGAACAGCUCCCAGUAAAGCAGAUUGGACAAGAGUCCAUUGCAUUUAUUUCAGCUAAAAUAAUAAAUCUCUCUCUCUCCAUUCAUCCACGUAGAGUGGAUUUGGAGUGCUCAAGACUGUUCUGCUUUGAAGACUUACCCUGGCCUGUCCCCGGCACAGGGACAGAGUGGCACUGGGAGUCAGUCUUUCUCCUGAAGCGAGCCAGGCUUAGAGUCACCUUUUGCUGCUUCUCCCAGAGCUUGGCAGAGUCCUUUUCUGCCCCUUCUCCCUCCUGCUCCAGCUGCCUGAUUGGCCGGCCGCCUGGGUCUGAACCUGCUGCUUGAAGCAGUGUUGGUUCUGGCUUGUUCUGGGCAGAGGUCCGGCUUGGUUGGUGUGUAAGCUGCUGGUAUGUGUAAGGGGCAGAGGGCAGGCAGGCAGGCAGGCAGGCAGGGUCUUGAGAUAUAGAAGUGAAAAUGCAGGUCCUGGCAGGAUAUCUGCUCCUGGAUGCUUCUGUCUCCAUUAGGUUUUCUUAGAAGGCCAUACCCUGCCCCUUAGUCAGAGCUCAGCUCCUCCCUCCCCCCUGACUCCAGUCUGCCCCUUCUGAGGAUUUUUAUUACUCAAAGUGUCUUACUCUUUGUUCCCAUACAUACAACCCCUCUGUCUGUUAUAGGGGGAGGGGUGACCACGAGAAACCUUCCAGGGAAACAGCACAGAAUGGACUGUUAGUUGUGUUUUUUAAAAAUAUAUAUAAAUAUAUAAAUAAAUAUUUCAACAGAUCAUAAUGGAAAAAACUUCUCUUUGGUUCUUACAAGAGAAACGAAGUGAACAAAUGUUUCUCAAAAAGAGCUUGGAUAUCCUAUCGAUCAUGACUGGAAGACUGUUGUGCUCAACUCCUGUGGGGUGGAGUUCAUCUUCAGUGGCCAAAAAAAGAAGAAUUACAGCAAUGUUGUUAUUGAUUGAACUGAUGGGUGGGUGGAGCCUCGGGAAGUAUGUGGGCGGGCAGUCGUCCCUGGGGUGUGUAUCCAGUGGUUAGCCUUGGAAUGGAUUGGUCCUUCUCAGAUCUGUCCUUUCUGCUUCCCGAGGCCCUGCUCUAGAACUGUGUCAUCAUUCACCACUAUAAAGGACUCUUCUGCUGA